UAAAGAUCGUCAACCAGCUACUGGAUUGGGGCAGUCCAUUCGAUGGCAAGGAGCUGGUGAGCCUCUCAACAAGAACGGUGUGCACGCCAGCUGCUCAAACAGAGUUGUUGCAGGCCCAGGCAAAAGGAGAAGUAGCCUUCCAGCUGUUUCUCAAAGAGCGCCUACAGUCUACCAAAGCCAGUUUCUUUGACCGGAUUCCAGCAAGGAAGCUGCCUUCAUUCACAGACAGCAAGAAGAAGGCAAAGUCCACUUCCAAGUUCGAAGCCGUGAAAGCUGACCGCCAGCUGUUCACACAGCUCCUCAUAAUGGCAAAGAAUCGCACAUUCGACGUGCGAACGUUAGUGCAAUAUGAGCUCGGGCCUGUUCCGUGGGCAAUAGCCACUGUUGAUGGCGGGAUGGUUUCAACGCAGAAGUCCAAGUUGCUACAUGCACUGGGGAAAGACAGUGCACUACGAGAUCACCCGCCAGCUGGCUGCUGUGUUGUGAUUGACGCAAUGGCACUUCUUCAAGCCACGCCUUCCCCACCUCCGACAUUCGGUGCACUCAGUGACCAGAUCUUCCGGCAGCUGUUGGCAAACAUGGUCAGAAGCAAUGCGUCACGUGUAGACUUUGUAACUGACCGGUACUGGGACAUCUCCAUCAAACAGCUCGAACGCCAGAAGAGAACUGGGCAACAAGAUCCACUGGUGAUUCGAGCAGAGCGUCGUGACCAGGCCACACCAAAGGAAUGGAAGCGGUACUUGUCCAACGGUACAAACAAGACGAAUUUGGUUCAGUUCCUUGCCACAGAUUGGAAAACAUCAGAGCACUUUGUGUCCUUGUUGGGAACCGAGAAGCAAGUCAUCAUUACAGUUGGCACCACUUGCAUUCAGCUUGCUGCACCAUCGUUAACAGCAACAUGUCUUCGUGCAACCGAGAUACCAGAGCUAUCCUGCACUCAUGAGGAAGCAGACACAAGGCUACUGCUUCACUCAGCCCAUGCAACAUCUCAUGGUUUCCAGUCAGCACUCAUAUGUUCACCCGACACAGACGUUGCAGUCAUAGCCAUUGGUUUGUCCACGUCUAUCAAUGGCCAGCUCGUCUUCAAGACUGGUUCCGCGAAGAAGCCUGAGCUAGUUGACAUCAGUGCCCUCUCUGCAAAGCUUGGUCCAGCUGCUUCUGAAGCACUUAUUGGCCUGCAUGCUUUCACCGGAUGCGAUAGCGUUAGCGCUUUCUCAGGGAAAGGGAAGAAGGCCGCUCUGGAAUUGAUCAAGAAAGACUGUGCGCAGGCAGAGGCGAUGGCUGAGUUGGGCAAGAGUUUCAAUGUGGACGAACGACUGCAAGGGCUGUGUGAGGUGUUCUUGGCCAGAUUGUAUGGAUGUGCAAGCUUGUCAAAUAUCAAUGACGUACGUUUCGAGCUGCUGCGCAACAACUCCAGUACACCACAGAAUAUGCCACCAUCACGAGAUGCAUUGCGGAAGCAUGUCCUGCGAGCAAACUACCAAGCAGUAGUGUGGCGAUUGGCUUUACAGCCAUCACCCGAGAUCCCCAGCCCCGACGGGAAUGGAUGGAGAGUAUCAGAUCAAGGUGGCUUGUCUAUAGUGUGGAUGGAGCAGCAAGCAGCCCCCCAAGAUAUACUGAAGUUAGUUUCAUGCAAGUGCCAGACUGGCUGCUCAACACGACGGUGCUCAUGUCGAAGUCAGACCCUAUCCUGUACCGACAUUUGCCAAUGCAAAGGAUGCAAGAAUUCAUUCGGUACACCAUCCGUCCCUGGACAAGCGACACUACCUCAAGAACUAGCGGUGCCAGAAGAAUCAGAAGCAGCACCUGCACCACCACCUGCUGCACUGGCUGCUGAAGCAGAGGACUUCAUCAAUUUACCCAUUGACGCGCCAGAAGAAUCAGAGGCAGCAUCUGCGCCACCACCUGCUACACUGGCUGCUGAAGCAGAGGACCUCACCAAUUUACCCACUGACGAGCCAUCCUCAAGCAGUGAUGAUUCUGAUCCUUCAGAGUAUGCCACCGAAGAUCAAGAAGACUCAGACCCCCAAUCGGAUUUUGAUUAGGAAGAUGCGAUGGAAGUGUAUGCGGCAUACAGCUCUUGGGAUGGAAGACAAGAAAUCAUGAUGCGAGCACGUCUGAUAAUAAUUAUUAUGCUCUCAUGUGUCUUCUAGCAUGGGAUCAACUGUGCGCUUUUAGUUUUUUUACCCUACUUGUAUACCUUACCCGACAGUAACCAUAAUUAUUGGCUUACAAAGCAUUUCUUUCUUUAGAUAGAUUAUUAUUUUUUAUUAUUACAGGCUUUUCCACGUGGGCAUCGUGUAUGCAAAUGCAGGGGCAUUCCAACAUGAAGUUGUAUGCAUGCUAUUUACCACGGAAAUGAGCAGCGAUACAUGAUAUUACAUACAGCUGAUAUAUAUAUUAUGCAUCUUGCUCUGUUUUGUACUAUAGACUACCAAAAAGGAGAGUGUAGUGAGCACACAUACUCCAAAAUUAUUUAUUUAUUUCUAAGUUCUAGCCUUUAUGAUCGUGCACUCAUCACAUUAUUGUUAUCUAGAUAAUCAAGAUUCCAUAACCAGUUACAGUUCGUGAUGAGCUCUUUCAGUCUCAUUACCAGCCACUCUUUUUUAGUCUUAUUUCCCUCGAAUUCAGUAUAGCAUCUACCUGAUUCGUUACAAAUUUACCAUGAUUCAUAAUUAAUUGUGAAUGCAAUUAGAGCUGUGAUAUGAGAACAUUCAUACAAUGUUCAAACUACUUCAUACUGUGCAAUACUAUGUUCAGCAACGAUGAACAGCUUACUUG